CUCUUGUCAUCUGUCACAAAUCUUCUCGCGUUCGGCUUUUCUUCUCCAAAAGAAACCAAUUUAAUUUGUUUUGUGUUUUCUGAGAAAAAUAAAAUAACAACAGGACCUCAUUUUUAUAAAAAUAAAAUAAAAACUCCAAUUGAAAAUGUCUGAAAUUCAAACACUUGUCGAUAUGGGGUUCCCCAAGGAAAGAGCAGAGUAUGCCAUCAAAGCAACUAAUUUCAAAGGUGUCGAACCAGCCAUGGAAUGGUUGUUGGCUCAUGCCGACGAGGAAAUCCCAGCACAAAGUGGAACUACUGAGUCAUCGGCCGGCCAGGCUCUGCAAGCCACCACAUCUGCUGCUGGGUCACCCACUGCUGCCAAUCCAGAUGCUGAAGCUUCUUCCAGCACUCCAGCAGGAGUAGCUGCAGGGACAGCAGCACCUGAAACUGCCAAGUCUCUUAAAUGCGACGAUUGUGGAAAGCUUUUCAAAGACCAGUCAGAGGUCGAAUUCCAUGCAGCAAAAACUGGACACAGUAAUUUCUCAGAAUCGACCGAGGAGAAGAAACCACUUACCGAAGAGGAGAAGAAGGCCCAACUUGCACUCAUUGAAGAGAAAUUAAAACAAAAACGUAUCGAACGAGAGGAACGCGAACGAGUUGAGGCCUUGGAGCGGGAGAAGAAUCGCAUCAAGUCUGGCAAAGACAUGACAGAGGCGCGCCAGCGUAUGGAAGAGAUGGAAAUGAAAAAGAUCGUAGAACAGCGGAAGCGUGAGAAGGAAGAAGAAAAGGCAGCUAGGGAGCGUGUAAGAGCACAGAUUGAGGCUGAUAAAGCUGCUCGUCGAGCUAGGGACCAAGGACCUACUUCACCUCAAUCGGCAGUAAGUUCUACAACACCUACUCCUGCACCUGCAGCUGUUGUCACAUCGCCCAAGCAACCACCUAAGGAUUACACAAACACCAGAAUUCAAAUUCGUUUGCAAGACGGAUCCACAUUGACCGAGACCUUCGGUGUCAAAGAGCAAUUGUCAGCAGUCCGGGUAUUCAUCCAAAUGAACCAGGGUACAGAUCUGCCAUUCGGUUUGAUGACCUCAUUUCCAAGAAAAGUCUUCUCCGACGAUGAUUUCGAGAAGCCAUUGGAGGUAUUGGGUCUAGUUCCAUCGGCUGUUCUGAUUGUUACCAAAGCUUUGGUGUAAAACUCGUUUCGUUUUGUUUAGUUUUUCACUUCCAUAUCUUUUAUUUUUAUUCUUAUUUGAUUGACUAAGGAACUCAACCCUAAACAACGCUUAAGGGCCGUGAUUUUCAAUUGACAAUUUGUUUUCUUCAUUUUCAUAUUAUUUGCGCUAAAUUUGGAAAGAGUAAUUUUUUAAAAAUGGUUUUCUUAAUUUCUGUCUACUUUUGUUGGUUUUUGUAAGACGAUUUUUGUGAAGGAAUGUUUUCUUUUGUUGCAUGAAUUGCAAAAAAGAAAAACAAUAUGAAAUCAAAAGAUAAAUGUAAAUGUCAAUUGACAAACUAAUAAUUAUUAUAUUGCUACUUUUAAAUACAAAAUAAAUAAAAAAGAAAAUAACUUUUUCAUCAA